AUGGCGGCCACGCACGCCCGUGAUUGGGACGCAUCCUGCUGCAUAAACGCAAUACAGCAACCGCAAACGCCAACACCUAUUGGCGCGACCCCCAGACGACGCCCAGAAGAAUCUCUCGCUGCACCACCUCCCGCCUUUUCAGAGAUGCAGAUGGAGAUUCAGGCUAUCGCAACUAGCACCGCAAGGCCACAGCCUCUGGAAGACACGUCUCGAGCCCUGCCACUUCCCAUGCAGGUAGACGAGCAGCCCCGAACAAAGACGGCCAGGCCUACCGCCGGUCCUACCACUGAGACUAACGAAAUAUUUCCCUUGGAUGUCGGAUCCUCGAUUGCAUCAGACGACGAAACGGUAGUCCCCACGGGGCCUGAUCCAAAUUCGGCCCCCAACAAGCCGCCCAGCACCAUCGUUUCAGGUUCGUCUAGAGAUGAACGCCAGCGACACGCUACGCCGAAGAGAUCUGCGCAGCCCGUGGCACAUCAGAUGAGGCGCUCGCCGCAGCAGCAUCAGCCGCAAGACAUUAUGAGACAGCUGAGCCCCAUCACGCCUGCCCCCGCGGCGGCGAUGGCGCCUGUGCGGACCGUGAUGAUGCACUGGAGGAGGUUGUGGCAGCACCCGCGGCAGCUAUAUCGGCACUUGUUCGAUAAGCCGCUGUUUCGGCGCGCUGGUGUGAGGGAAAAUGGCAAGGUCAUGCGACAAGCGUGA